UUUGCUAGCAGCGGCUAACGGUUUUAAGGUAGUUUUUUUUUUAUUGAUUCCACCGCUGGGAGAAUAAUGUUCCAGUGUGUCAACCGCUGCUGUUGCCGAGCAGCAGUUUCUAAGCGCCAGAGCACACUGACACCGUUUGUCUGAUUUACACUAAAUCUUCCGAACCUUAUUUCGUCAGUGUAAAGACGCUUGGCUUGUAGCUGGAGCUAAUUUAGCUGGCAGGCUGAGAGGCACUGUAAGACCUCCAUUAGGCCCUCAACAGGGGCAUAGCCACAGUCAAAGAGGAUGCAAUAGAAAUGCUGGCCAGCUAUGGCCUGGCCUACUCCCUGAUGAAGUUCUUCACCGGACCCAUGAGCGACUUCAAGAAUGUGGGUUUGGUGUUUGUCAACAGCAAGAGGGACCGGAGGAAGGCUGUGUUUUGCAUGGUGACGGCCGGGGUCAUCGCGUUCAUCCUUCACAUCUUGAUAGCCUACACAGAUUUAGGAUACUACAUCAUUAAUAAGCUCCACCAUGUGGACGAAUCUGUGGGGCACAAGACAAGAAAGGCGUUCUUAUACCUAGCUGCAUUUCCAUUGUUGGAUGCAAUGGCGUGGAUUCAUGCAGGGAUACUUCUCAAGCACAAGUACAGCCUCAUAGUAGGCUCAGCCUCAAUAUCUGAUGUUGUGGCCCAGAUUGUGUUUGUGGCCAUUCUCCUCCACAGUAACCUAGAAUGUGUGGAGCCUUUACUUAUCCCGAUCCUUUCCCUGUAUAUGGGUGCCUUGGUGCGUUUCACCAUUGUCGGUAUGGGUUACUACUGUAAAAUUCACGACAACAUCCCAGACUCCAGUGGACUUGAUGUGGGCGGCGAUGCCACUAUCAAAAAGAUGCUGACUUUCUGGUGGCCCCUGGCCCUCAUCCUGGCCACGCAGCGUAUCAGCCGACCCAUCGUCAACCUCUUUGUGUCUCGCGACCUCAAGGGGACCUCUGAUGCCACAGAGGCUGUGGCUGUCCUCACGGCCACGUACCCUGUGGGUCACAUGCCCUACGGUUGGUUAACCGAACUGAGAGCAGUGUACCCUGCCUUUGACAAGAACAAUCCCAGCAACAAGAUGAACGCCGGCACCCCUGUCACCAAGUCACAUAUCAAAAAGUUUACAUCCUGCUGUGUAGCUCUGUCACUCUUGCUUUGCUUUGUGGUGUUUUGGACUCCUCACAUAUCAGAGAAGAUCCUGGUUGAUGUCAUCGGAGUGGAGUAUGCUUUCGCUGAGCUGUGUGUGGUCCCGCUCAAAAUUUUCUCCUUUUUUCCCGUGCCAGUGACGGUUCGGGCUCAUUUGACUGGAUGGCUUAUGACCCUGAAAAAGACCUUUGUGCUGGCCCCCAGCUCAGUUCUCCGCAUCAUUGUCCUCAUUACCAGUCUAGUUGUCCUGCCUUAUAUGGGGGUUCACGGGGCCACACUUGGUGUUGGUUCCCUCCUGGCGGGCUUCAUAGGAGAGUCGACAAUGGUUGCCAUAGCAGCAUGCUAUGUUUAUCGACAACAGAAAAAUAAUGAGAUGUCUAAUGAGCUGGUGGUGGAGGGCGAGGACUCUGCUCCAAUGAGCGAGGUGUGCGCCAGGACUCAGAUGGAUGCCAUUGAGGAGCUCCAGGAGGAGGAGGAUGAGGAAGAACAGGAGUGAACUUUGACUGCAGGCGAUGGUUAAGCCGACCUCUAUGUGGAACUUGGCUGAAGAAGAUACUGCCGAGUGUUACAGUGCUGGAGAUGAGAGAGGACCCGAGUAUGGUUUGGUUUCAGAGGUUCUCCUGUCAGACUAAGCUUUGGAUAAGAGUGACGCGGUCUUCUUCACGUCGAGCUACACACCAUUAAAACGCACACUGUAAAGAAA